GAGCCCGCCUCCAACCCGAGAACGUGUUCGUGAUCGUGGACUGUAGCUCGGAGCUGAUCAACCUGCUGAGUGUGAAUUCCGCACAGCCGGAGUCAGGAAUUGUCGCAGAUAUCGACAUUGGCGAGCUUCUCUAUCCGAAAAGUUCGGAAAGUUACUACGAAUUGAAAAGCCAGCCCAUCGCUGACAGCGGCCCCUGUGCGCAGCCGGACAGGCCCAGGCAGGCGCCGGCCGCCAUGACGUCGCGGGUGCUGCUGCGGCAGCAGCUGAUGCGGGAGCAGGCGCAGGAGCAGGAGCGCCGGGAGCAGCAGGCAGCCGCGCAGCGGGAGCAGGAGCGGGCCUCGCCCAGCCAGUCACGGGCCAUCGCCGUGGCCGGGCCCCUGGGCCUGCCCGCCAAGGCCCAGGUCCCCAUGGAGAUCCUCAAGGUGCAGACCCACCUGGAGAACCCCACCAAGUACCACAUCCAGCAGUCACAGAGGCAGCAGGUCAAGCAGUACCUGUCCACCACCCUGGGGAGCAAGGCCGCCUCCCAGGCGCUGGCCGCCCCCCUCUCGCCGGGACCCCUGGAGCAGGCGGCCCCCUCCGCCGCGGGGGCCGCCCCCAGCAGCCCCAUGGUCCUGCUGAACGUCGGGUCCAACCCAGAGACCGAGAUGGACGAUGUCAUCGAUGAGAUCAUCAGCCUAGAGUCGAGCUACAACGACGACGGGCUGGGGCUGCUCGACUGCCAGCUGCAGAUGCCCAACACGCUGCCGGUCUCCGGGAACCUGCUGAACGUUUACACCAACCAGAGCCUGACCAACGCCACCAUCACUGUGAGCAACUCCUGCCCGGCCAAGCUGCCCAACACCAAGGAGAGCACAGAUGCCGAUGUGAAAGCUUUCAUCAAAGAGAGACAGAAGAAGGAUAACCACAACCUCAUCGAGAGAAGACGGAGGUUUAAUAUUAACGAUCGAAUCAAGGAGCUGGGAGCAAUGAUCCCGAAAUCCAAUGAUCCGGAGGCGCGCUGGAACAAAGGCACCAUCCUGAAGGCGUCGGUGGACUACAUCCGCAAGCUGCAGAAGGAGAGCAGCCGCUCAAAGGAGCUGGAGAGCCGUCAGCGGAAGCUGGAGCACGCCAACCGGGCCCUGCUGCUCCGCAUCCAGGAGUUGGAAAUCCAGGCCCGGGUGCACGGCCUGUCGCUGACCUCCCCCUCGGGCCUCAGCACCGCCCAGCUGACCGCCCAGGUCAUCAAGCAGGAGGUGCCAGGUCCCGAUUACCUGCUGUCGGGGGGGUCGCAGGCCGGGGCAGAGGCCGGGCCCGCCUACGACCUGGACCUGGACCUGGGCCUGGGGCUGGGGCCCGGCCUGGAGCCGCUGGCCGAGCUGCCCUACCCCCUGAAGCUGGACUCGGGCCUGGGGGAUGUGCUGAUGGAGGACUCGCUGUCGCCGGUGGGGGCGUGCGACCCCCUCCUCUCCUCUUUCUCGCCGGGAGCGUCCAAAACCAGCAGCCGUCGGAGCAGCUUCAGUAUGGAGGAGGAGCCCGGGUCCUGAGGGCAAGCUACGGGCAUCACCCCCCCACCAACCGUGUCCCCCUCCACAUCCACAGGCUCCCCCAACCCCGUUGUCCCGCCCCUCAUGUCCCGCCCAUAGGCUCCCCCUCCCCCUCACCACCCCCUCCCCGUGUCCUGCCCCUCCCCUCCCACUCACAUCCCACCCACAGGCUCCCGUCCCCCUCACCACCCCCACCCCCCCCCCCCCCCCCCCC